GAUGUGUGACUUGUACAUGACAACAUGUGCGCUGUGUGUAUUGUUCCGUUCCUAGUAAAUUAAUUAUUAAAACUGGACCUUAAAUGAUGAUCCCAGUUUAAUUAAUUGCCUUCUGAGGUUAUGACGACCGUUGACUGAAUGUUGUCAUCUUUGUUUAUUGCUCCUAAAUGAUUCAUUAAUGCUUCGCAGUCAUCUUAUCAGUUCUCAUGGCCCUGCUGUGGACAGGUGUGUCCCAGCUCUGGCCUCCCACCUGUUCGUUUUAUUAUUCUUCAGCAAAUAACUGCAACUUCGUCCAACUUUUUUUUUUUUUUUUUUACUGUUUGUUUGAGAACAGGCCUCAACCUUGAUACAUCAGGAGUGUGUUUCUCACAAAGUCCAUAAUCAAAGUACAGUCAGAAAAGAAAAACAAGUUUAGAAAUGUUUUGGUUUUAAGUUGAAUGCAUGCUAACAUUCCUUUAUUAAGGGGUUAGCCUGUGGACAAUCACAGAGAAAGUCAACGGCCUCAAAGUUAACUUAAAGUCUCAUAAAGUUUUAGUAACAUUAAAGCCACGCUCCUGAAUGAUUAAUACUGCGGGCUCCCCUCGGUGUGAGGAUAAUAACAAGGUCGUGAUUGAGUUACAAUGCACAAUGGGAAGAAAAAAGUCGAGCAUUGUCUAAUUGUUGUGUGACAGGGUCAGAGGGGCCGGUGCCAUUGGCUGCUGCAGGGCUGUCAGAGCUGUCUGAGACGGAGGAGUGACGCCAAGGAGGCUGCAGGAGGAGAGUGGCUAUAAAAAGCACUUGGACCCACUCCACUGAGGAGAGACAUCAACGCAGUCUCCACGGUGACGUGACCCGGGGCCAGUGCAGUGAUGAGUGCUAAAGCAGAGCUUCCAGGCUGGCCAGAGUACCCGGAGGACUUCAGCCUCCUCCAGCAGCGCAGCCUGACGCACAUCAACUCCAAAAGUUGGCUCUCUGCAAGUCCCAUCCGCGCGUUCUCCAGGAGGGACGCGCACGGCGCGCAGGACGCGGGCAUCUCGCUGGAGAAACUUGUGCCGUCGGGUAAACUUCCCGAGUGCGUGUCCGCGGCUGCUGCAGGCAUCAGAGACACCGGCUGUGAGAGCGGGUCUGACGGAGGCAGGAACGGCCACUUUGGCCCCCAGAAACACCGGCGCGUCGCAGCCAACGCCAGGGAGAGGAGGAGGAUGCACGGCCUGAACAAGGCGUUUGACGAGCUGAGGAGCGUCAUCCCGUCACUGGAGAACGAGAAGAAGUUGUCCAAGUACGACACGCUGCAAAUGGCCCAGAUCUACAUCACGGAGCUGUCGGAGCUCCUGGCCGGAGUGGUCCAGUCGGAGUGCAUGGAGAAGAACUCCAGGAGGAGUUUGAUCCACACUCUGCUGCCUGCGGCCACUGCGCAGGAGCAGCUGAUGGCAGAACAGCAAAACCCCGGCUCCUCCGUGGGCCACCUGAUCAUACUGGGACCUACAACUGAACUGGGAUCGAGCAAAUCCACGGCCUCGUCACACAGCAGUGAUGGAGAGUCUUCACAUCUCAGUGACACAGAGGAGAUUCACCAGGAGAGACACUGAAGAUGAACCCUGACAGUGAACACCACAGGGUGUAAAAGGAGAACCAAAUACUGCAAAUUCUGAAGAAAUGUUGCUCAAAAGUCUUCCACUUUACUCCAGUAAUGUUUUUUUAGGUUAGAAGUUGCACCGCCAAAUGAUAAUGUUGAAAGAAAAAAAAAAACACUUCAGAGAUGUUCUUCUUUAAACUUCUGAGGCCAGGCUGAACUUGGCCUUUUUUUGCACUUUAUAAACCCUGGUCCUGACAGGUGACAGCUUCAGUGUGCCCCAUUUUUUCUAAAUUAAAAAAAAAACUUUUUUAUAUUUAUGUUCAGCUGUGGGUAUUUUAUGAAAACUGUUUUGCUACAAUAAAGAUAAAGUUGAUAAUAGCUUGUGUAUUAUUUUUUUCGUUGCAUAUCAGGGCGCCGAUUUAUGUUUAUGCUGGUGGGUGCUCGCUGGGUUCAGUUAUGAUCAGUUAAUUGUGGUAUUCAGUUACACACGGACGGCAGUUUUGUUCCUUAGCACAUUUUUAAUCACUUCGCCCUUAUUUAUUUAAUCACAUUUUUUAGGACUCUUUCAGAAAAUGUAAGUCAAUUCAAGAGUCCUUUUUUUUUUACUCUCGUAUAUCUUUUUGGCUAACAUUUAGCUACCUCAAACUAUAGCAUAUUCUUGUCCAGCAGUUAACGUCUGUCAACUUUUAGCUUUAGAUCUUAGCUUCAUCAUGCGCAAUAAUUUGACUUCAUUUACCAUCAGAAAACAACAACAACAACAGUCAACUCUUAUCAUACCUUGCUGUUCUUUUUGGCCAAC